AUGCCGCUGGUCAAGUAUGCCAAGCAGUCGAUGGGCUUGCACGUCGGCACGCUCCUCCUUCACCAGUUUGAUAAUGUUGAAGACGGCACCAAGCCCAUUGUCGCAGGUGUCCACAACAAGACCAUGAUUGGCCACGUCAUUGAGCUGGGCAACCACCAGCGCGACGUUCUCGUGGUCGGACUGAGCCGCACCAGCGUCAAGUGGCAAGGAAGCGCGCUGCUCAAGAACCCCUCCACCACCGAACAAGAGCCGACAUUGCCGGUUCGCCAGCUCGCCAACCUUUGCGCCCAGACCGGCACGCGCUAUGGAUACAUCCAGACGGACAAAGAGCUUAUGGUCUGCUGCUUUGGCGCCACAAAAUCGGCUCAAGGAAUAUACGGCGACUGGAAGGUCUUUGCCAUGCCCACGCCCUGGAACAUGGAGGUGCCGCUGCCUCGCCACACUGGCGCACGCUCCUCUCUCAUGAGCACAGAGCUGGCGCUGUGGUGGCUCUGCAUGCUGUCGAUGGGCGACGCCGACCGCUCCAUCGUCGAAGCAAAGGACAUUGUCCCCAUUGACACCUGGGACACUGUGCACCUCGUUGACAAGAACACAUGGGUCCACCGGCACCGCUACUCGGGCUUCGAGAAGCCUGCCCCCCCUCCGGCUGCGCCCCAGCAAGGCCCUGUCGAUCCCUUUCUCGGUGUCAACUUUGACCUGGAUGCGGAGUAUUGGCUCGGCACCAACACCAUCAACAACUGA